GGAGGCUAGAUUAACAGCUACUGUAAAAUAACGUAGGCUACAGAAAACAAAACUGCGAAAUAGCUCAUUUCCCCUCUUAAAAAACGUUGUAGGGCCUACAUGAAAGUGAACCUUCUUCACAGAGUUAAUAAUAUAGUGGCAGAGAGUAGGCUACAAAACACAUUUGAAGAAAAUUUAAACGUUACAAAUACUGGACCGGUUUAUCUAAAAAUUCGUGAAUUAAGCUAGCUAGGCUAUAUCUCAGUGUUAGCAGUUCAUUUGAUUUAAGGUAUCUUGAGGCAAGCGAUUCAGCCCCACAUCUCCAUCUAAUUGCACAGUGCUCUGCUGGCUGCUUCUCCAAUGAUCUUCAAUGCUGAUGAACUCAAACACAAGAGGAAGUCACCUAAAAAGAUCUCGGAUGCCGAGUGGGAGGACAUGCUGGAAGGUUUCGAUGAGCGGGGUUACUUGAGCGCUCGCCGCUGGAAACCCGGUGACGACCCGUACACGCUGUACGCCUUCAACCAGAGAGAGAGCGAACGCAUCCCCAGCAACCGAGCCCUGAGAGACACACGACACUACAGGUGCACCACUCUUCAUUACGACUCUGAUCUUCCUCCUACCUCCAUCAUCAUCACCUUCCACAACGAGGCCAGAUCCACCCUGCUGCGCACCAUCAGGAGUGUUGUGAACAGAACUCCAGUUCAUCUCAUCCAUGAGAUCAUUCUGGUGGACGACUUCAGCGAUGACGAAAGUGACUGCCAGCUUCUCAUCAAACUGCCCAAAGUCAAAUGCCUUCGCAACAACAAGAGAGAAGGUCUGAUCAGGUCCAGAGUGCGGGGGGCUGAUGCUGCGCGGGCCGGGGUCCUCACCUUCCUGGACAGCCACUGUGAGGUCAACAAGGACUGGCUGCCCCCCCUGCUGCAGAGAAUCAAGCAGGACCCAACGUGUGUGGUCAGCCCGGUCAUCGACAUCAUCAACAUGGACACUUUUUCCUAUGUGGCGGCCUCCGCUGAUCUCCGGGGAGGAUUUGAUUGGAGUCUCCAUUUUAAGUGGGAGCAGCUUUCACCUGAACAGAGAGCGCGUCGGACUGACCCGACCCAGCCAAUAAAGACUCCCAUCAUCGCGGGCGGCCUCUUUGUGAUUGACCGGUCCUGGUUCAAUCAUCUCGGCAAAUACGACACUGCCAUGGACAUCUGGGGCGGGGAGAACUUUGAGAUCUCGUUCCGGGUGUGGCAGUGUGGCGGCAGUCUGGAGAUCCUGCCCUGCAGCAGAGUGGGUCACGUCUUCAGGAAGAAACACCCGUACGUCUUCCCCGACGGGAACGCCAACACCUACAUCAAGAACACACGUCGUACAGCUGAGGUGUGGAUGGACGACUUCAGUCUCUUUUACUACUCUGCUCGGCCUGCAGCACGGGGGAAAUCCUACGGAGAUAUCCGAGGCAGAGUGGAACUCCGCAAGAAGCUCAAGUGCAAAUCCUUUAAGUGGUACUUGGACAACGUCUACCCUGAGCUCAAGGUCCCAGACGACUCUGACUCUCAGUCCGGGGUGAUCAAACAGCGGCAGAACUGUCUGGAGUCUCGCAGGGUGGAGGGCCAGGAGCUGCCCGUCCUCACACUGGCUCCCUGCGUAGGAACAGAGGGGGUCCCCGCCAUCAGCCAGGAGUGGGUGUACACUCACGGGCAGCAGAUCCGACAGCAGCAGCACUGUCUGUCUCUGUCCACCACCUUCCCUGCCUCCCAGGUCCUGCUGAUGCCCUGCAACAUGGCCGACGGCAAGCAGCGGUGGCAGAAGUCGGGGACUCACUUGGAGCACCUGGUCUCUCGGUUCUGUCUGGACUCGGAGAUGGCUCUGGACGGGAUGGACUCCUCUCGAAUGCUGGUCAUUAGCCCCUGUGAACUGAGUGCGUACACACAGAGAUGGGAAACACCCUUCUCCUGACCCCUGACCCCUGUGACUCUUCACCUCCACAGACCUGCCCCCUCCCACCUUCCCCCCCGCCCCCCCAUUCACAGCCUCCAAGACGUGCGCAGAGACAGCUGCUCUGACGGACUGAAGAUGCAUGAGCACAUCAUGUCAAGGUGCAGCGAUGGCGGUCUCUGAAUGGAACUUCAAGAAGAAAUCCAGCGUGGAUCGGUCCGGUCUUGAAUCACAUUCUUAAAGGAAGAGGCGCGUCCGAAACGUCUGGUUUGUGUGGUGAUGAAAUUUUGUAUAUGUGUAUGUUUGAGGCUGUUGAGGAGUUUGGGGAAGAGUCGAAGUGAACCAAGUGCACCUUAAAAACCCCAACCUGUCAAAGAAUCCACUCGGACAGAAAGAAUAUAUCAGAGAAUGCGUCUUGUAAUAUUUUGCGAUCAAAGGGUCUGAUUUUGUUUUCGAGGAUGUUUAAGAAUCUGGGUAUUAAAACCAAGCGCAACUCGAGUUUUUAGUUUACUUCAAAUAACUAUCACUGGCUUUCCUGCAGUAGAAAAAUCCAGAUCGAAUUUGUCAAUUGAUAAAUCAGUUUUUCUUGGGACCCGACUAGGAACUCAUCAGAGUUAAGUGUCUCAGAAGCGGACAAAUUGGUUUUAGUUUUGUCUUUUUUUUCUGAAGUGAAUUGAAACAUGAAUGGGAAGUGUCUUCUUGCUCUAACUUUUAAGAAUUAUCUUGGUACAGUGGUCAUAGAACUUGAUGAACAGCACACAAUCACAGUUGUGAUUGCACACCCACAUUGCUUUGCACCAAAAGAGUAAAAGGAGGAGAGAACCAAAAGAUCAUCAGAGACAUUGGUAGGUCUGGAUGGAGUCUUCACUCAUUCCUGUUUGUGAUCAUUUCAAUAAUGCUCUUAAAAUGAUAUAUUAUCUAUUCUGUUACCUGAAAAAAUAUCCCAGAUGUUACCGCUUUGACGUUUGCAAAGGUGUUGAGAUAUUUCGUUGUUUAUGUGAUCAUAGUUUUAGAGUAAAACAUUAGCAUACCAUAGCUUCCUUGGCUGUUGGAUCGCAGAAGAAGAAAGGAGGAGCAUGGAUGAGAAGGAAAGACGUGAAGAAAGCCAGGACCGAGGAGCAGGCCCUGGCUGAGAAGACCAUAUAUUUGGAGACAAUUUGAAACAGAAAAAAAAGCAUAAUCACAGCAACAAAAGGGCUACAGGUGUACAGGCACAAUGAGGAGUAAGAUAUGAGGAACAGAGCAGCACAUCUCAUGCUGUUCUGGGGGUCGAUCAGUUGAUUUUUGUCGUUGACUUUAUCAAACUGGAGGAAAAGCUUUACUCACAAUGGGCCUCCUUCACUAAUAUCUUCCAAAGUUUUUGCUUACAUUCACAUAUGAAUCCCUUUCUACUUUUACAUUCAAAGCACAUGCCAGUUAAUGCUAUAAUUAGCAGGUAAACACCCCGCCAAUCCCAAUUAAAGGACACCAGACUGCAAGAAAAGUUGAGAGAAUUAAGUCAAAAUGCCCAUACAAAAGUCUAAAGAGGCUCCAAACAUAAAAAAAAAACCAAAAAGAAAAACGUCAAUAGUUCUUAGGUGGAGCUACUGCUUGCAGGAAGUGAACAGCAAACGAGCCGUCAUAUUUUAUUCUCACUCUCAGGGUAAACAUCUUGCAGCAGCAGUAAAGUCCUACUUUGGUCCUAUAAAUGUGAUCAAUCACUAAUUAUUGGAUGGCAUGGUUCCACAUUAACAUAAUGUAUGGGAAUUUAAGUGUUAGUGUAGUGUUAAUUUAUUGCAAAAACACCAUACUGCUUUGCAAAAUAAUAAAAAUAAUAAUAAAAAAUAUUAUAAAUGAUUAAAAAAAUAUAUUGUAAUUCAAAUCCUAUAAAAUUAAAACAACUGUAGAAUUGAAGAAAUAGCGAUAACUAUUUUGCACGAAACACGUCGCCACUUAAAUGUGCGUAGAUUCUGCUCUUACUUAAAGCUACAUUGUGUAAGAAUUUCUCCCAUCUAGCGGUGAAAUUGUAUAUGACAACCAACUGAAUAUUACGUUCUGUCCCCUUCCUCCUACGGUGACCAACCCGAAAUUAGCUCUCUCCGUCGUUUACACGCAGCUGUUCUAGCCACUCCAAUAUUAACUUUGGUCUUGUUGCUUUGCCUGUCACGUUGUCGUUUUAAUUCUCUUUUUCGCUUCCCUGGCGAGUAAUCUCCCCCUGGCAUUCGUCACGGUACCACAGUAGGUGUAAGAGGGUGAAAUGCGGAGGUAUGUCCCUCUUUGGCUAAUGUAUUUUAAAGAUGGAGGCGCUACAUGGCGGCCGUCAUUCGAGCGUCUUGCUCGUAUGUAU